AUGUCAGGCAGGCAAGGGAGGUUCUUCAGACCAGGAGGGAUCCAGCGCACAUUGUCAGCAUACAAUCUGUUUGUCAGGUCCAUGCACGCGCAGCUGAAGGCUGAGCAUCCUGACCUCGAUCAGGGUGAGUACAUGAAGAGAGUCGGGGAGAUGUGGAGGUCGAUGCCGGCAGAUGAACGGGCCAAGUGGAGGGCGGACGGAGAGGAGGGAUCAAGGGUUCCAGGUGCUAGUACAUUCAUAGCACACAAAGCUUCAUCUAAACAGUCUCCGUAUCAAAUGUUCGUCAAGGCCAUGACUUCGCAAAUGAAGGCAAACAAUCCGAGCAGCUCGCAGAUAGAAAACAUGAAGCAGAUCGGAGAGAUGUGGAGAAACAUGUCAGCUGAAGAGCGACAAAAGUAU